AUGGCCCAGCCAGCGGUGGUCGACGGCCGCCAUGUGUUUGCGUACGCUGGAUGGACGUUCGAGACCACCAAGCGUGGCGCGCUGAGCUCGACUGCGCGGUCGGCCAUGAGCGACCGCUUCCACUUGCCGCACGUACCGCUGCCCGAAAUGCUCUUUGGUGACAACCUCUUGCAGGCGACGCACGAGGCGUCGGGCUGGCGCGUGGCCUUUUGCGCGGAAGACGCGCUCGCGACGUGGGCGACCGCCCAGCGAGACGCGCACCACGUCGAGGCCACCGCAUUCGACGUUACGUACUCGUGCGCGUACCGCGGGACGCAUCCCGAGCACGUGACGCCGCAGUCGACAUGCGAGACGCUGCCACUCGAUCGGCUGCGCGAACACGCCGCCAUCCUCUUUUACGACGACGUCAUCCUCUUUGAAGACGACGUGCGUGACCUCGGCGACGUCGAGUGCAGUGUCAAGCUCCGCGUCAUGCCGUUUGGCUUUCUCAUUCUGUGCCGCUUCUUUGCCCGCGUCGACAACAAGUGCGUCAAGCUCCACGAUGCGCGCUACUAUCACAGCUUUGACACGACGUACGUACUCCGCGACUACGAGACACGCCACGCCGAGCACAGCGAGCUGCAAACGCUCCUUCAACCCCCAAAGACGGAUGACAUGACGGUCGACACGCCUCUGGGUGUUGUUCUGACGGCCAAUGUCGUCUACGAUGCUGUCACGCCGCACCUUGGCGCCAAAUGA